CAGAGGGCGACAGUUUGAAUCUUCACUUUUCCAAUACCUUGGCAAAGCAAUUGGAUUCAAACACCGCCGAACAACAGCAUAUCAUCCUGCGUGUAACGGCCUUGUCGAACGAUUCCACAGGCAGUUAAAAGCGGCAAUAAUGUGCCAUGCCGACGGGAAUUGGGUGGAUACGUUGCCUUUGGUGCUGUUAGGAAUUAGAAGCGCAUUUAAAGAUGACCUACAAACGUCAUCAGCCGAGUUGGUCUACGGUGAGCCCUUACGUUUACCCGGAGAAUUUUUCCAGGCAACAGUCCCUCACUCCACCGAUAUAUCGGACUUUACCACUCGGUUGCGCCAACUAACAUCAAAGCUACAACCCACACCUGCUUCUCGUCAUAAUAAACACAAAAUAUUCAUAUAUAAAGACUUAACUUUGUCUAGUCACGUAUUUUUAAGGGACGAUGCAUUGCGUGGUUCUUUGCAGCCUCCUUACACCGGCCCCUACGAAGUACUAGAACGUGGUGACAAAACUUUUAAAAUUUUAGUAAAGGGUAAGAGUGUUACUGUAUCCAUCGAUCGACUCAAACCGGCCUAUAUGCAGACUGACCCAUCUCCCAACCCUGCCACUACCCCAAUUACCCCCGGUAAUCCUAAUCUCUCUUCUCCGUCUGACCCUGUUCCUUUAGCACGGAACACUCCAGUUCAGGAUGACGUCAAAAAGUCACGAUCAGGUCGCAUAAUUCGCUUCCCGGAUUACUUUCGCCCGUAGUGACGGUCUCUGGAGGGGAGUGAUGUAGCCUACUUCCUUACAUUCACACUUACACACAUACACACAGCACUUAAAUAUAUAUCAUAUUAUUUACAAUAUUAGUAUCUAUUUACACAACAUAUUAAACACUGUACUAUUCACCAUAUUAUACAUACAUAAUAUU